AUGGACCUGGCAGAAACCAUGAAAAAUAUUGUUGCCAAAGGUAUGCAGUCUGAAAUGGGACCACCAGGUGGAGGAGCUGGUUAUCCUGGCGCACCAAGUAGUGUUGGUUAUGUUACUGAAAAAAUGUACACUUUAUUGCAAGCUUAUCUCCAAAACAAAGGUUGGAAUCCAAGCAUCGAACUGCUCCAAUGUUUUUCAGAAUUCAAGGAUGCAUCUAUGAUUCCAAGUGCUGCUUAUUUGCAGAUGAUGGCAACAAGAAUAGCUUUGGACUCUCAAGGACGACUAGUUCUUAGAGAAAAUGGAAAAAUAAUAUUGCCCUAUGAACAUUUUGCAAAUGCUGUGAUAUUAAAGCAUACAAAUGGUCCACAUGGUUUACAUUUAGGAUUAGAAGGCACAGUUAGAGCUGUCAUGGAAUCAUAUACUAUAGGACGAGAAUGUUUUGGUAUGGAAAAAGAAUUUAUUAUAGAAGUGGUACAAAACUGUCCAAAUGCUGCAUGCCGUUAUUAUAAAAAUCAACUUGAAUUAACACAAAAAAUGGGACAUAUGGCUCCAACUUAUAUUCAGGAUAAUGAAACAACGGCUUCUCUAUUACGUAGUAGAUUUCCUCAUAAUACUGAUUUUCAAGCAACUUUAAGCAACACUAAUCCAAAUACUCACAUGGGAGGAGGUUCUGCAAUAGAUUUAGCAGAAAUGAGAAGUGCUGGGAACCAAAUGAAUCUUCAGCGACCUCCAAGCCGUCCAUCAUUAAAUAUUCCACAUCGAUCUGUAUCUCAAGAAAAGAAAGUAACUACUGGGAAGCAACAUUAUGAAUCCUUAGUAUCUACUAUUCCAAUAUCUGAUCACAAAUUAACAGAUUUUUUAAGAACAAAUUUAGAUAAUUUGGACAAUCUCACUGGACUUGGCUUAGGAAAUAUACAAGGAAUAGGAAAUGCAAAUAAAGAUUUGUUAGCUUUACAUAAUGGAGCUUGGCCAUUAGAGAAUGAAAAAGGAUCUCGAUCAUUUUCAAAUUCAGAAGGCGGGCAAGAAAAGAUAGUAAGGGCAUUUGAAGAAGUAAUGAAGAAUAUAGCAAGAAUGAAAGCUUGCGUGCGUCCCGCAAUGUGCAAACCUUAUGGAAAACAAUCGGAGGCUUUGCAAAAAACAUUGGUGGAUACAAUACAACUUGCACAAUCACUGCGAAGUUUCUUGCCACCACCACAUAUUCCUGUAUCAAGCUGGAAAAACGAAGAUAAACAUCGAUUAGAUCAUACGGGUACUCCUUAUCUUCCAUCAUUAAAGACUGGAGGUUUAGAAGAGUUGUGUGAACAACGCAAGCUAGAUUAAACAAUGUCUUCGCUUUUUAAUCAUUACGUCAGGUUUUGUCUUUGCGCUCUAUGAUGUUCUAGUCAUGUGGUGUUUAUAGGUUAGAUGGGUGUUUUGUAUUUAAAAAAAAAACCCAAAGGAUUGCUCAAAUGUUGUUGGCGUUUAGGAUUUCAAAAUACUAAGAGAUAAAAUGAGUCAUGCGUGGACUGUGAUAAAUGAGGGUAGUUAAAGUUUUAUAUAUAGUCGAUUGAAAUUCAUGCCGCUAUUUAAAAUUUGAACAUUUGAUCUCGUUUAUGAUUUGUGUAUAAAUGUUUACAACCUGCCUAUAGAGUUUAUUUAAUGAUUGGUUAAAUGAUGUUGAAUUACUAAUUUUAUCGUAAAUAAUUUACAUAUUUUGGAAACAUAUUAUAAAGUUGCAUUUAUAUUUUAUUGUUGUAUAUAUACUGAUUUAAUAACCCACCAUUU